CAAUUUCAUUGAUCCUCUCGAAAUGAUAUCCUAUCCUUCUCAUUUUUCUCUUUCAAUUUUUCGUGAUAGGCCCCUGUUAAUCCGGCGAUCUCAUGUUCUACUACCUUCCUUACCGCUUUAACCCUAUUGAAGUCCCUCCGAUGUCGAAGAAGGUGAUUACGAGGGAUGAAUGGGAGAGGAAGCUUAAGGAUGUGAAGAUCACGAAGGAGGACAUGAAUAAACUCAUCAUGAACUUUCUCGUCACCGAAGGCUAUGUGGACACCGCCGAGAAGUUCCGCAUUGAAUCCGGCACCGAGCCUGGCGUUGACCUCGCCACAAUAACUGAUCGCAUGACUGUGAAGCAGGCUCUGCAAUCUGGCAAUGUGGAGGAUGCUAUCGAGAAAGUUAAUGAUUUGAAUCCUACGAUUCUAGAUACCAAUCCUCAACUGUAUUUCCAUCUGCAGCAACAGAGAUUGAUUGAGUUGAUUCGCAGUGGGAAGAUAGAAGAGGCUCUAGAGUUUGCACAGGAGGAGCUGGCUCCAAGAGGAGAAGAAAAUCAAAGUUUUCUUGAGGAGUUGGAGAAGACAGUCGCUCUCUUGGUGUUUGAAGAUGUGAAAAAUUGUCCUUAUGGUGACCUUCUAGAUGUGUCACAACGCUUGAAAACUGCAAGUGAGCUUAAUGCUGCCAUACUAACAAGCCAAAGUCAUGAGAAAGAUCCAAAGCUUCCUAGCUUGCUGAAGAAGUUGAUAUGGACUCAGAAUCAGCUGGAUGAGAAGGCUGCUUAUCCAAAAAUUAACAAUUUAACAACUGCAGCACUUGAUGAUCCAGUAGUUUGAACACGUUAAGCUUGCCUCUCAGCUAUUGGUUCAUGAAUAACUUCUGCAUUCUCUAAGUUCGGCCGGUUGGAAGGCUCGGUUAGCUUUGCUGUUGUUGGAUGUGUAAAUUAGCUGUUUUAUUUUGGAUAUUUAAGUUAUAAUUGAACUGUCAUUGUCUUAUUUGGAUAUUUAUGUCAUAAUUAUCCUUUCAAGAACUGCAUUUAGUUAAUUUGCUACUAGAUUA